CAUUUUCCCCCACAGCACCAUAUCCUGAUGGGAAACCGCCUGUGCCAGCACAGCCGGUAACACCGCAGUCUAUGGAUGGAGCACACCCAGCAGGCUCCGCAGUACUCACCCACCGGGCCCCAGCCCUGCCAGCGCCGCGCUUUGCCUCCGGACCCUCGGGACGCGGGUACAGCCACGACGGGCGCUGCCGGCGAGCAGGAAGCACCUUGAGCCGGGUGUUGACAGCUCCCGCCGGGGGCAGAACCGGCCCGACAGCCAACUGAUGAGGGGCGUGCUGGGCCUCUUGUCAUUAACCUAAUUACACCCCACAAAGCGCCGGGUUCCGGCCCUCACCCGAGUGGAUGCCGAGCUCUCCGAGCCGCCGCUCGCCGUCACUGAGGUCCAGGCUCCGCGGGGGGAAGCCGAGCAGCAGCCGUUGUUCCGAGGCCGGUACACCGCAUGGGCUUCCUACAUGACCAACUCCCCAACGCUGAUCGUGAUGAUCGGCCUGCCUGCACGCGGCAAGACCUACGUGUCCAAGAAGCUCACCCGCUACCUCAACUGGAUCGGGGUGCCCACCAAAGUGUUUAACUUGGGAGUGUAUCGCCGGGAAGCGGUGAAGUCUUACAAGUCCUAUGACUUCUUCAGGCACGAUAACAAAGAAGCCAUGGAAAUCCGCAAGCGAUGUGCCUUGGUGGCUCUACAAGACGUGAAGGCAUAUCUCUUGGAGGAGUGUGGGCAAAUAGCUGUGUUUGAUGCGACCAACACCACUCGAGAAAGACGGGACCUGAUACUGAGUUUUGCUAAAGAAAAUGCUUUCAAGGUGUUUUUUGUGGAGUCCGUCUGUGACGAUCCAGAAGUCAUUGCUGCCAAUAUCCUGGAGGUGAAGGUUUCCAGCCCUGACUACCCAGAGAGAAACAGGGAGAAUGUGAUGGAUGAUUUCCUGAAGAGGAUAGAGUGCUACAAGGUCACUUACCAGCCUCUGGAUCCUGAUGCCUAUGACAAAGAUCUUUCCUUCAUUAAAGUGAUCAAUGUGGGACAGCGGUUCCUAGUAAACAGAGUCCAAGAUUACAUCCAGAGUAAAAUCGUCUAUUACCUAAUGAACAUUCAUGUCCAGCCGCGUACCAUCUACCUUUGCCGACACGGUGAGAGUGAAUAUAAUCUUGUUGGCAAGAUUGGUGGGGAUUCUGGUCUGUCACCACGUGGGAAGCAGUUUGCUCAGGCGCUGAAGAAGUUCAUUGAAGAGCAGGAAAUCGUUGACCUGAAGGUGUGGACCAGCCAGCUGAAAAGGACGAUCCAGACGGCCGAGUCCCUGGGGGUCAUGUACGAGCAGUGGAAGAUUCUCAAUGAGAUUGAUGCUGGCGUAUGUGAAGAAAUGACCUAUGGAGAAAUUGAAGUCAAGUAUCCAGAUGAGUUUGCAUUGAGAGAUCAGGAGAAAUAUCUUUAUCGCUAUCCUGGAGGCGAGUCCUACCAGGACUUGGUCCAGCGCCUGGAGCCAGUAAUUAUGGAGCUGGAAAGACAAGGCAAUGUCCUGGUCAUCUCCCACCAGGCAGUUAUGAGGUGCCUGUUGGCUUAUUUUCUUGACAAGAGUGCAGAUGAGCUGCCCUACCUGCGAUGCCCUCUCCAUACCAUUCUGAAGCUCACACCUGUGGCAUAUGGCUGUAAAGUGGAGACAAUCGCCCUGAACGUGGAAGCAGUGAACACCCACCGCGACAAACCCUGUCUGAACUCAACCCAGCCUCCUGCCGGCCCCAGCCCUGUAAGGAUGAGGAGGAACAGCUUUACACCGCGGGCCAGCGCCGACACGGUCAAGCGCCCGCGGCAUUACAGCGUUGGGAGCAAACCUCUCGACCUCGUGGGGCCUUUCCCAUCCUUGGAAGCUCGAGAUGGGGCCGACCGGCAGCAGCUGCAAGUUGAGGUCCAGCCUCAAGGGGGAAUUGCUUGCCUGGAGCCUGCAGCCAGCAUCACCCACGAACCCUUGGCUUCCCCCUCAACCUCUGAGUAAGGGGCUUGGAUGAGACCAUGGCUGCUGCCCCAUGCAGAAAGGCUGGAGAUGCCCUCGCUUUGCUGUGCUCCCACCAGCCCUGCUCUGCUGGUGCCUGGGGCAGACCCUGCUGCAACCCUGCGCUUGGCUUCUCGGGUGUUCCUCCUCCUGCAGUACACACAAUGCUGAUGGGUUUUGUCUUGUGAAGGGUGGUUUUGCCAUUUAGGUGCUCUGGAGACCUGGCUGCGUUAUUGUACAGCAGGUCCCUGCAUGGGGCUGUGGGAUGGCUCUUGGCAGCACCCAUGGUGCAUCCUCAGCACUGUGCUGUGCUCAUUCCCAUGCACUGGGGUGACCCACAGUAUCCGGCUGCAUCCCUUAUCUUUGGGAUAACAGUGAUGUCCCUCUCCGGGAGCAGCAGGCUGUGCUGGGGAGCACCCAGGGAUGGUGGUGCCUAAGAGUGGGCUCAGAGAUGGAACAAGCUGUGUCCUUGGGGGGUUCAUGUUGCUGCACAUGGGCUGCUGGGGUUGUUGCUCAACUGCUCUCAGCAAGGCUCUGCUCUCUCCUUGCCUCUGCCUUUGGGCACAUCCUCUUGCUCCUGGUGCUCUGGUGUCAGCUGGGUUAUGUGCAAAGGAAGUAAAGCAGGAGCUGGUUCAGUUUCCAGAUGCCAAGAGGAUUCAGGUUUGGGUGGUGAGCUCCCAUUUCCCCUUUGGCAGGGUGGUCCCCUUGGUGCCCUAGGAUGCAGCUCAUCCCUUUCAGGGAAGGGAGGUGCAGCUCCUACCUCUGCUCAGGUAAUGUUCCUGCAGGCCUGAGAAACUCCCACUUGAAUGUAUUUGGCCAUUUGGAUGUGCAGUUUUUACUUUAAUUGCACUUUGUCCUUGAAGUGAAGUUCUUCCAACCAUUCUGUCAGUGCAGCUGCUCUUACUCUCACCACGAUGCCAUGGGUCACGAAGGUAUGGGAUUGAUCCCAAAGUGACAUGUUUCUGUCUCCUAUUUGCUAGUUUGGGAUAGCAUUUUGAAUAAUGCUUCAGAGUGUUCUUACUGACCUGCCAAAGCUGUGGAAGCACACAAGGCAUCAGGCUCAGAUCCUGCUGCAGAGCAUCUCCCAAGCUGGGAUGGUGACUUGGGAAUGGUUCAGCCAGUAGUGAUGCCAAAAGGGCCUGUUUCUCCUAAAGCUGCCUGUCUCCCUGUGUUUCAGAGGCCUUAAUGUUGAUGAUGAGAGGGAAAAGGAGAAAGAAUCUGAGCUGGGGAGCUUGUGCUAAAUCUGGUAAAUUAUUCCUGUACUAAUAUUAAUUUAGAAUCCAAUCAGAGGAAUAUUAUCCAUAGGCUAAAAAUCAAAGCCUUGCCCCUUUGGAUUUGCCUUUGCUCUGGGCUGUGUGGUUAGAAAUGAAUGUAUGUACUUUGAGUGCUUCUUUCCCCCCAUAUUUAAACAAAUAACACAGAUUUCCUAGGAGGGGAUGCAGGUAAAUGAUAGUAACUUGGUCCAGCUUCCUUCCUUCCUAGUACUGCUGUUUUGCUUGAGAAGAUAGCAUGUGAGCAGUUCUUAUGGAUUAGCUCUGAUGAUGAUUACUCUUGAAGUGUCCUUGUUGGGAAAACUGUUUUAAUUUUACUUUGGUUUGGUUUUUAAUGGCAAAUAGAACAAAUGUAGGGUCUGUAUUUCCUGACUGUUGGGUUUCAAGUGUUGGUUGUCAGCAAACUGCCUCCAGAGCUGUGCCAUUGGUUCUUUUAAUGGCAACCAGCGCUGGUGCGGUCACAAAGACAACUCACACCUAUUGAUUCACAUGUUGGUUUGCAGUGUGAGUGCUGCAGCUGAGCAGGGCAGGCACUGGGCAUGGCACAAAAGGAACCUUUUCUGUGCCCUGAAACAUUGUGUGAACAGCAGCUGCAGGAAAUCCUGGUUAAUGGGUUUUAACUUGUGUGAUUUGUAUAGAAUAGAAUUCACUUGUACUGACCUGAGUGUGUUCCUGGUGUCUAUUGGACCCUCACUGAGGCAGUAGGAGUUUUAUCAAAACUAGAAGUAUUUAUUGUGGUUAAUAUGUGAAAUGACUCCUAUAAUGUUUCUUUGUUCUGGAAGUGUAUUUUCCUAUCGAGAAGAGAAAUAAAAGUGAGUAACCCUCAGUAA